AUGUGUUACGGUUGUAACCAUCCUGUAAGACCAAAACCAACCAGCCGCCCAAGUGAUGUAGUGCCCCCUGUGCCUUUUGACAUUGUUUUGUGCCAUAAAGAACUGAGGAUGUACAAGACAAAAGAAGGCGCCUUAACCUUUUCAGCACAGCUACAGAAUGUUUAUUAUCACUUGAAAAAGUCUUGUGUUCUUGCAAAAACCCAACCUUCUCAAAGGAACAACUGUCUGUUAAGCUCAGUGGCCUGCAGUGGAAACAUGCGGAGCAGUUACAGAAGGAGUUUGGUUUCACUGAAGUCUCUCUUGUAG